ACGCUGCCGCUUCCCUUGCAGAACCCCCAGUAUGAAAUCAAAGACGGCGCCGGCACGUUGCACUCGGGAAUCGCGCAGCCCGCUACCUACUACUCCUACGAUCAUUCCUUGGGGCAGUACCAGUACGACAGGUACGGGACGGUGGAUUUCGGGGGUUCAGCCAGACGCAAAAAUGCAACGCGAGAGACGACGAGUACCCUCAAGACCUGGCUGUACGAGCACCGCAAAAACCCCUACCCCACCAAAGGAGAGAAAAUCAUGCUGGCUAUCAUCACUAAAAUGACCCUGACGCAAGUGUCCACUUGGUUCGCUAACGCCAGACGGAGGCUUAAAAAAGAAAACAAAAUGACCUGGUCUCCUAAGAACAAAGCGGGGGAAGAGAGGAAAGAAGAAACCCCGAGGGAAGAGGAUGAAUACAGUGCGGAGGGUGAAGGCAGAGAGCAGAAGAGCUACAAGGAGGACAAGGACCUGCGGUUCAGCGACCUGGAGGAGGAGGAAGAGGAGGAGGAGGAGGCGGGGAAGCCGGAGAAGGGCCGGACCAGCUCCCUGCAGGAAGCCCCCAGCCUGGGCGCGGCGCUGCCCGAGGCUCCUCGGAGCGACUGCAGCCUGCCCG